AUGACCCUCUCUUUCCUUCGCCACGUGCUCUCCUCCUCUUUCCUGCCCCACAGAUCUCUCUGUAACCCUCGUCCUCCUGUGGGGCAUGCCUGGUUGCGGCCAGCAGUGGGGGCCAUCGAGCUCUCCCAGAGAUUCUAUCAGGCUGUGCCGCUGUCGGCUCACAUCCCCAGUACUUUCCAUGUGGCUCCGUUUGUUGUGCCACCCCACCACCCCACCCCUCCCCAGAUCUAUCUCUACCCUCGUCCCCCUGUGGGCUACGCCUGGUUGCGGCCAGCAGUGGGAGCAAUCGAGCUCCCAGAGCUUCUAUCAGGCCGUGCCUUGGUCUACUCACCACCAAUACUUCCCCUUCCGCUCUGCCUGUCAUCCCUCCAUCUACAUCUCACCCAACCCUGCGUUUUUCCACAGAUCUCUCUCUACCCUCGCCCCCCAGUUGGCUACGCCUGGUUGCGGCCAGCAGUGGGAGCAAUCGAGCUCUCUCAGAGCUUCUAUCAGGCCGUGCCGCUGUCGGCCCGCAAGCAGACGGACAAGGGGGGCAGUGCGGAGGGCAUUGCUGCUCUGCUGCAGCUGCCGCACGUGGACGAGGGGGUGGUGAAGAAGCUUACUAGAAAGAAGCUUAAGAACCUCCAGGAGCUCAGGGAACUAAGCGAAGAGGCUCGCACCGACCUGCUCACCACAGUGGGGGGUCUCAGCCCUGCAGAAGCCAGUGAUGUGGAGGCGACUCUGAGCACCAUACCUGAGAUGCUGGUGGACGCGGCGUGCAUCACGCAGGGCGCAGACGACGGCAUUCAGGAGGGGGACGUCGUCACCCUCCGCAUCUGGCUCACCCUCCGCCGCGGCAACGGGCAUGUAGUCUCCCACCCCCACAUGCCGCACUUUCCCUACCGAAAAGACGAGGCCUUCUGGCUGAUGCUGGCCGACCAAGCCGGGAACUCCGUCUGGCUCUCCCAGCGGGUGACUUUUCUGGAUGAGACCGCGGCGAUUCGGGCGGCGGCGGAUUAUACGAGAGAGACGGUGGAAGCGGAGGGGUUUGAUGAUGCGGAGGUGGCGAGGGAGGUGAAGGAGGCAGUUGAGAGGGUGAAGGGCGGCGCGCGGCUGGUGAUUGGGAAGUUUCAGGCGCCGGCUGAAGGGGUGUAUGCGCUGACUGUCAUGGUGAUGAGCGACGUUUGGAUUGGGUGUGACAAGAAGGUUCCUCUCAAGAUCAAGGUGCGUGUAUUUUCGAAACCUUUAAACCUAACCAUGGGAUGGGAUGGUGUGGCGCUGCUGGUGAUUGGGAAGUUUCAGUCGCCGGCUGAAGGGGUGUAUGGGCUGACUGUCAUGGUGAUGAGCGACGUUUGGAUCAGGUGUGACAAGAAGGUUCCUCUCAAGGUCAAGGUGGGCAAGAGAACACGGGCCGGAACAAGGGGGGCAGUGGUACCUUCAGAAGGGGCUGGGGAGAGUGACGAGGAGGGAGAGGAGGAGGAGGGAGAAGGGGAGGAGGAGGAGGGGUAUGAUGAGGAUGAUGACUACAUGAGCGAGUAUAGUGAGGAUGAGGAGGAAGAGGGGGAGGGGGAGGGGAAGAAAGGAGGGGAGGGUGAUAAAACGGAGGGCUCGGAUGGCAGUGGAGAGGAGGAUGAAUCUGAGCCGUUGAUAGAUGGCAAGAAGAAAUGA